GAGGUACAACUUUGAAGCUCUCGAUUUUGAUUGAAUAUAGUUUGUUCAGUCACAUACAUUGUAUGUAAGAGCUACAGCAAUUUAUGUAAUUCCAAAGCUAUCUAAUAGAAUCUGUGUUUGAUCCUCGAUCAUGUAUACCCAUGGACACCAGCAGAACGAGUUUUGCUCUUGGUUUUCUUCAAAAGAUCGCCUACCAAGCCAAGUUUUAGUAACCCUAUAGUUUCAUUCGCAAAUACCGUACUGGUUAGGGUGGAGUCUAGACCUAUAUUCUAAGUAUUACAUAGUACACAAUGGAUUUUUCAUCUGCAUCAUCAAACCUCUACCACAAUUUGUAGACCUCCACUGAUCAUUCGAAAUUUACUCGUCGCUCAAGAAUAUUAAGAUUCUUGCCGCAACCAUGACUGCCCCCAAUCAGAUUCCUCGACUUCCUCACGAUGGUAGCCCACAACCCACUACAAAUUCAAAUCCUCAAUCUGUCUCGAAUCAAAAUUUUCAAUCAUCCCCAUAUAGAGUCCCUAGACAAGAUCGAUUGCUUGAUAGUAUUCCCGAGGAGGAUAAUCUCGUGAAUACUACUGCAGCACAUAAUCAAUGUCAAGUCGUCGGAGCGAGCUCCUCUCAAACCCAAACUCAACCAGUCGGACUCUCGCUGCUUCCCGAAGAAUGUCCACCCCAAUCAACUCAGGUAUCUCCACAGUUGCCUUCGGGUACUGUCUUGUCGCUGACCUUUUCUUAGUCCCCCAAACCCCCGUUUAAAUGGACGAAUCCAGAUCCUUUUAAUACUGAAAAUAACAACCGUUCGGCACGUCGGGCUCUUGCUUCUCCUACGCGAUUCGACUCUGGCAUUGACAGCGUUGCCCCCGAUUCACUGGUAUCCCUCGACUCUUGCAUUGACGGUGUCGCUCCUGACUCACUAUCAUCCUCCGACUCCAAGACCAAUGCAAAUGCGCCAAAAGUUUCGAUGAAGCAACGUAUUUGUAAUGCUAUACGCGCCUUCGGGAUUGAGAUCAAAUCACGAAUGAAAUUGGAAAGCA